UUGUAGAUUGUAUCGUUGCUGACGAAACUAUUCUAAUAUAAAUUUGUUGGAUUUUUUCUUGAGAAAUUAUUAGCAACGGAAAAGCGAACGUUGAAACAACCGUAUCGAGAAAAAUUACCUUGGAAGGAAAACAUCAAAGGUAAAUAUCGAGUUUGUUAUUUUGUUUAUUUCUUUGUCUGCUGUAGAUGUCCGUAGUGCCCCUAAUGUUCCGUGAUUGGUGGGAUGAACUUGAAUUUCCAACGCGCACUUCGCGCCUUCUGGAUCAACACUUCGGCAUGGGCUUGAAGCGAGACGAUUUGAUGUCAUCUAUAUGGAAUAGUCGUCCAACAGUGUUACGAUCUGGCUAUUUGCGACCAUGGCAACGCACAUCUGGUUUGCAAAAGCAGGAUUCGGGAUCCACCCUCAACAUCAACGACGAGAAGUUCGAAGUCAUUCUAGAUGUGCAACAAUUCUCUCCGAAUGAGAUUAGUGUCAAAGUAACAGAUAAGUUUGUGAUUGUUGAAGCAAAACACGAAGAGAAACAGGACGAACACGGCUUCGUAUCGAGACAAUUUACCAGACGUUAUAUGCUGCCCAGUGACGUCAAUCCCGAUUCUGUGACAUCAUCCUUGUCGUCCGAUGGUCUCCUGACUGUAACUGCACCCAUGAAGAAAUUGCCUCCUCCGGCUACUGAACGAGUAGUACCGAUUUCGCAAACUGGACCCUCGUCUAAAGAAGAUAAAGAAAAGAAGGUUGAGACUACUACUGCCUAAAUGGGACUAUAAUCAAAAUCAUUGAGACUACAACCAAAAUUAUUGUAUAGACUGCUUCUUUUAUACUUUUUUACAAACAUUUUUGACUUUUGGCACCUGAAUAACCUUUUUGUAACAUGUAUAUUUGUACAUUAUUUAAUUCAAUAGAACAGGUUUGAGAUUUAUUUGUUGGAAUAACUUAGCUAUUUUGUUUUUCAAAAUAUGCAUAUCUACUUCUAUUGUUGCUCUUCUAAAACAAAUAAUAAAAGUUCUGAAUGAAUAAUAA